CCCUCCUCAGAGACACCUCCUCUGUGUCCCAAACAAAUCAAGAACUCUCUCUCUCUCUCUCUCUCAACAAGAAACGCCUGCAAUGGCGAUCGACAAGAGACGCCCUCUCCAGCCCAGCGACGCCGCCAACAUGGACCCACCUCCCAACCCCACCACCGGUAAAACCAUCGAAGAAAUGUACCAGAAGAAGACCCAGCUCGAGCACAUCCUCCUCCGCCCUGACACCUACAUCGGCUCCAUUGAAAAGCACACCCAAACCCUCUGGGUCUUCGACUCCGUCUCCAACCUCAUGGUCAACCGCCCCGUCACCUUCGUCCCCGGCCUCUACAAGAUCUUCGACGAGAUCCUCGUCAACGCCGCCGACAACAAGCAGCGCGACCCCUCCAUGGAUUCCCUCAAGGUCGUCAUCGACGCCGAUGCCAACUCUAUCAGCGUAUGUAACAACGGAGAUGGGGUUCCUGUCGAGAUCCACCAGGAGGAGAAGGUGUACGUGCCGGAAUUGAUCUUCGGUCACUUGCUCACCAGCAGUAAUUACGAUGACACACAGAAGAAGACUACCGGCGGUCGCAACGGCUAUGGAGCCAAGCUCACCAACAUCUUCUCGACUGAGUUCAUCAUCGAGACCGCCGAUGGAAAGCGCCAGAAGAAGUACAAGCAGGUAUUCUCUAAUAACAUGGGAAAGAAAUCUGAGCCGGUCAUAACCAAGUGCAAGGAGAAUGAGAACUGGACGAAGGUGACAUUUAAGCCUGACUUAGAAAAAUUUAACAUGACCCAUCUUGAGGAUGAUGUGGUUGCACUAAUGAAGAAGCGUGUGAUUGACUUGGCCGGUUGCCUUGGAAAGUCUGUGAAGGUUGAACUGAAUGGAAAUCGGGUCCCUGUAAAAUCAUUUACUGAUUAUGUUAAUCUCUACUUAGAUUCCGCUGCUCAAUCUAAACCCGAGAAACCUCCAAGCUAUCAUGUGAAAGUUAGUGAUAGGUGGGAGAUAUGUGUGAGCCUUAGUGAUGGGCAGUUUCAACAGGUCAGCUUUGUGAAUUCGAUUGCAACAAUCAAGGGUGGAACCCAUGUUGAUUACGUCACUAGUCAAAUUACAAACUAUGUGAUGAAUUUUGUAAACAAGAAGAACAAGAGUGCCAAUGUCAAGGCCCAUAAUGUGAAGAGCUACUUGUGGGUUUUUGUCAAUGCUCUUAUUGACAAUCCUGCUUUUGAUUCCCAAACUAAGGAAACUCUGACGCUUCGUCAUAGCAGUUUCGGGUCCACGUGUGAGCUUUCAGAAGAGUUUCUGAAGAAAGUCACAAAGUCUGGAAUUGUGGAUAGUCUCCUGUCGUGGGCAAAUUUCAAGCAGAGCAAAGAUCUUAAGAAAAGUGAUGGAACAAAGACAGAGAAGAUUCAUGGAAUUGAAAAGCUGGAUGAUGCUAACAAAGCUGGGGGGAAGGAAUCCAAACAAUGUACCUUGAUUUUAACCGAAGGAGAUUCAGCCAAGGCUCUUGCUUUGGCUGGUCUUGCUGCUGUGGGUCGAGAUUACUAUGGUGUGUUCCCAUUGAGAGGUAAAUUGCUCAAUGUGCGGGAAGCCACCAUUAAACAGCUCAAAGAGAACAAAGAAAUUGGGUACAUCAAGCAGAUUCUUGGACUGCAGCAGAAUAAAGAAUACGCCAAUGUCGAGUCCUUGAGAUAUGGUCAUUUGAUGAUAAUGACUGAUCAGGAUCAUGAUGGUUCCCACAUCAAAGGGUUGUUGAUCAACUUCAUUCAUUCUUACUGGCCAUCACUGUUAAAAGUUCCUUCUUUCUUAAUUGAGUUUAUAACUCCCAUUGUGAAGGCAACCCACAAAAAUGGGACACAAUUAUCGUUUUAUACCAUGCCUGAGUACGAGUCGUGGAAGGAAAGUUUGAGGGGGAAAGCAAGUGGCUGGUCUAUCAAGUACUAUAAGGGGUUGGGAACAAGCACAUCAAAGGAAGGGAGGGAGUACUUCUCAAAUCUUGAGAUGCACAGGAAAGAUUUUAUUUGGGAAGAUGACCAAGAUGGGGAGGCCAUUGAGCUGGCAUUCAGUAAGAAGAAGAUAGAAGAGAGGAAGAAUUGGCUCAGGCGGUUUGAGCCCGGCACUCACCUUGAUCAGGAGGCGAAGCUCAUAAAAUACAGUGACUUUGUCAACAAGGAGCUUAUAUUGUUUUCCAUGGCAGAUCUCCAAAGGUCUAUUCCUUCCAUGGUUGAUGGCCUGAAGCCGGGUCAAAGGAAGAUUAUUUUCUCCUCCUUUAAGAAGAAUUUUAUCAAGGAAGCAAAAGUUGCACAGUUUUCUGGUUAUGUAUCUGAACAUUCAGCCUAUCAUCACGGUGAGCAGAGUCUUCAAAGUACCAUCGUUGGAUUGGCACAAGACUUUGUGGGCAGCAACAACAUUAACCUUCUUCUACCAAGUGGCCAGUUUGGAACUCGUAAUUAUGGAGGCAAAGACCAUGCGAGUGCUAGGUACAUAUUUACUCAGCUUUCUCCUAUCACACGGUUUCUGUUCCAUAAGGAUGAUGACGACCUUCUUAAUUACUUGAAUGAAGAUGGGCAAUCAAUUGAACCAACUUGGUAUAUGCCAAUUAUCCCAAUGGUUCUUGUCAAUGGUAGUGAAGGAAUUGGAACUGGUUGGAGCUCUUACAUUCCCAAUUAUAACCCAAGAGACAUCAUCGCAAAUCUUAGGCGCUUGUUGGAGGGUGAUACCAUGGAGCCUAUGGAUCCAUGGUAUAGAUGGUUUAAAGGAACUAUUGAGAAAGCUGCAAAGGAAACUGGGAACAGCUAUACUGUUAGUGGAAUUAUAGAGGAAGUGAACGAGACGACACUCAAGAUAACGGAGCUGCCACUUCGUAGGUGGACCCAGGAUUACAAGGAAUUUCUGGAAUCUAUUUCUUCAAGUAAUAAAGAAUGCAAGGAUCCUCUAAUUGAGGAUUUUGGCAUGUAUUGUGACGAUGUAACAGUAGACUUUGACAUCUUCUUGACCCAAGAGAACUUGGUCAGGGCCAAGCAAGAGGGUUUGCUGAAGAAAUUUAAACUAACCACCUCAAUUAGCACAAGUAACAUGCACCUGUUUGACCCAGAAGGCGUGAUAAAGAAGUAUGACACCCCAGAACAAAUUCUUGAAGAUUUUUUUCCCCUAAGACUUGAAUAUUAUGAGAAAAGAAAGAAAUUUUUAUUGGACAAACAUGAAAUGGAAUUGUUGAAGUUGGAAAACCAGGCUAGGUUUAUCCUUGCAGUUGUAAAUGGAGAGAUCAUUGUGAGCAACAGGAAGAGAGCUGAUCUGUUUAAUGAGCUGAAAAUAAAAGGUUUUACUCCUUUGCCAAAGAAAACUAAAUCUGUUGAACCAGAGGUUGCUGGGGCAAUUGAUGACACUGGAGAAGCAGAAGAGAACUCUGAUGCGGUUAGCAUAAUACCUAUCAGUGAUUACCAGUAUCUACUGGACAUGGCGAUUGGAAACUUGACCGUUGAGAGAGUUCAGAAGCUAUGUGCUGACAGGGACAAACUCAAAGAGGAGGUUGAGGAUUUAAGGAAGGAAACUCCACGGUCUUUUUGGAUGAAAGAUCUGGAUGCUCUGGAGAGGCAGCUUGAUGAGCUAGAAGAAAAUGAUGCUCAAUCAGAGGAGCUGAGAAAGGAAAUGAGAAACAAAGCAAAAGGUAAAGCAGCUAUGAAGUCUAGAAAAGCAGCACCCAAGAACCCACGCAAGGACAAUAAGAAGGCAAAUAAUGCAGAAUCAGUUGCAGAAACCAUCUCAAGAUCAUCUACAUCUGCAAUGGAAAUUGAGAAAGCUCCUAAGGUGGUGAAACCCAGAGGCAGAGGGCCCUCUAAAAAAGCUCCUGCUAAGCAGGAAAAGCCCACUUUAGUCUUGAAUGAUGAGGAUGAUGAUGAGGAUGACGAAGUGCUUGAGCUUAAAGAACGACUUGCUGCCUAUAACCUUGAUUCAUCUCCUGAUCAAUCAGCAGCUAUGGAGACUGAAGUGCCCAAAGUACCAGCCAGGAAGAAAGAACCCAGCAAAAGGACUGCUGCGCAGAAGAAGCCAUUGGUCACUGUUGUAGAGGUUUCUGGUGAUGAUGAUGAUGAUGAUGAUGAAAAGAAUAAUUCUGAUGAUGAAGACUUUGAUAUUGAAGUUGUUGCUGCCCAAGAAUCAGGAAAAAAGGGAGGCAGAAAACCGGCUGCAAAUGCCAAGGCAGCUAAGGCCCCUGUAGCAGCAAAGAAGAGAGAGGCACCCAAGAAACAACAGCCUAAGACAUUGGGCCAGAAGCUUGUAACUGACAUGUUUAAGCCUGCUGCGAAUUCGAUGUUUUCGCCGGAGAAGAAAGUGAGAAAGAUGAGGGAAUCUCCCUUCAACAAAAAAAGUGGUUCUGUGUUGGGCAAGGUUGGUGGGGAAAAUGAGGCAACUGGAAGUGAACCUUCUACUUCUGCCAGUACUGAAGAAUCGGUAGAAGUUGCGCCUGCAAGAGCAAGACCUCAGAGGGUGAACCGCAAGCAAACAAGAUAUGUGCUGAGUGACUCUGAAAGUGAAAAUUCCCCUGUUGAUACCGACUUUGAUGAAAAGGAAGAGGACUAGAUUAGUUGUUCUGUUGAGGAGCUGACUGAAAACUUGAAACGGGAAUUCAAUCUCAUUCCCCUGAAUACAUUUGUACUCUGUUUCUCUUGUAGUUGGUGCUUUGAUUUUCUGCUAGAUUGUGUUUCCUAGCAACUGUCACUGUAUGUUGUGACUCGUUGGGUUGGAAGGAUAUUUUUCCCCCUUGCAAUUGAAUUAUGCAGUUUAACCGUGCAA